AUGGAGAUGACGAUUUCUCAACUCAGAAGCCGAUAUUAUCGUUUCCGUCCAAUUCGAGAGGAACUUCUGAUGUACCUCAAGGAUAAAGCAACCGGGAAUCCAAUCCUGGCGGGGUGUCUGUUCAUCGAAAAGGGUCUUUACGGCGAUCUUGCGACCCCAUGGGUUAUCUUGAAAGAGGAUGAGAAUGAUCCCAACAAUCCUUGGGACAACGACGUUGCCAAUAGGGCCGCCGCCGCCAGAAACGGAGGAAACAACAACAACAAGGUCAUGGCUGCUGGCUGCGGAGCUUUGUAUGAGACAAGUAAAUCAAGAUUUGUUAAGAACAAGGAUGAUGUCAUCAUCGGAACUAUGAGAACGCUAGAAUCCAAAUCGAUGAACCGCUGA